CUUUCCCAAGCAUUUAGUACAGUGCUCCGCUCUCAACAAAUGUGACUGAUUGACUGAUUCUUCCCAGGCUCAAUCUGAGGAUGGAGGUUUUGCAGGUGUGGGUCAUGCUGUUUGCCAUUUGUGUGAUCCCAGGCCAGGGGAAUGUGCUGCAGCUUCAGAAAAUGAUCCGUCAAACCACGGGAAAGAACCCCAUCAUCCAGUAUAGUUUCUACGGAUGCUACUGUGGAAUUGGGGGGAAAGGUGAACCGAAAGAUGCAACGGACAGGUGCUGCCAGGCCCAUGACUGCUGUUACGGUGGACUCAUCUCGCACCGCUGCUGGACCUUCUGGGACCGCUACAGAUACAGCUACACUCGCGGGGUGAUUCGGUGUGGUGCUGGGAGCUGGUGUGAGAAAAACCUCUGUGAGUGUGACAAGGCUUUGGCUCUCUGCCUGCAGCGCAACCUCCGUACUUACCAGCCAAAAUUACGCUUUUACUCGCAACUCUCUUGCAAAGGAAGGACUAUGCGUUGCUAAGGGAAGGCUUUCCCUCCCCACCUGCACACUUCUCCACACCUGCAUGAAAAAGAAUCGGAUCCAGAAACCAGUUCUGCACCGGGAACACCACCUUUCAAGGAGGUUAUUUCUCCCUCUCUUCCACUCCCACUUCAUGGUGACACCUGGAGUAGACUGUAAGCUCACUGUAGACAGGGA